GGGAGGCAGCCUAUCGGGUGCCAUGGGAAAUAUGUAACAAGCUCACAAAUACCAGCGCAUAAUCUUGCGUCAAGCAAACUGGAUCAGCUGCAUUUUCUUGAUGUGGGAAGCCGACACCAUCAAUUGAUUGGAUUUCUUCCGCCGAACAUGACCAACUCAUACGUACAGUUGGAGUUACGGGGUUGACCAUCCCCUAAAGUUAAAUAAGUCACUCAGAACAUAGUUUUUUGUUCCAAAAAGCGCUCUGAGGUAAAACAACAAAAUACAAAUGACUGGCAUCACUCCAUCUUUGGCGCAGUCUUAUGCGCAGCACAUUGUUGUCAAAAGACUGGGUUCUAUAACUAAAGGAAGACUGAUAUUUAUUCUACGGUACCACAGCGAUGAGCGAAUCACAACUGGUGAUUCAGCCAGGGGAGGGACACCAGAGGCAAUAAUACACGUAAACAACCCUCGGUUCUGGAUUCGAAUAUGCACCGCAUUCGACCUGGGGUUUUCCGAAGCUUUCAUGCUGCAAGAGAUCGACUGCGAGAAUUUGAGUGCUGUUUUCGACAUUUAUCUUAUGAACAAAGAGUCUUUGAGAUUUGGCAAUCCGUUGCUUGUUCUCGCCCAGACAGCGUUGCGGAUUUUCCUUAAGCCCACAAACAAUGUCGAGCAAGCCAGGCUCAACGCAUCGGCGCACUAUGAUACAUCAAAUCAACUAUUCGCAGCAUUUCUAUCGGCCGAUAUGAACUACAGCUGUGCACACUGGUCUGCGGAUCAGGCUGAGAAGCUACAAACAGCUCAAGACCGCAAAGUUGAGUUUCUCUUGAAAAGGCUCGACCUGUCACCAAACCAUCACUUGCUCGAAAUUGGAUGCGGAUGGGGAGAUGUCAUGAUCAAGGCAACACAAAAAUAUGGCUGCAGGGUAACAGGGUUGACACUUGCUAAGGAACAGCAACUUCUUGCAGAAAGAAGAAUCCAAGACGCAGGCGUGCAGGAUAAGGUUUCUGUUCUUCUUUGUGACUAUAGGAAAGCCCCUGUGCCAGAAACAGGAUACGACCGGAUUAUCUCAAUUGGGAUGUUUGAACACGUCGGAAAGAGGUAUUUCAACAAGUAUUUUGCGACUAUUUCCCGAUUGUUAAACUCGGAAACGGGUCUCUUGGUCAUUGACGGGAUUACUAUGACAAGCAAGAAUAAUAAAUCGCCUGUUGACACAUUCAUUGACCGAUACAUCUUCCCUGGUGGCUAUCUCCCUUCUAUCCAUCUACUAACGCAUUCUCUACAUGAGGGAUCCAAGGGAACAAUGGAAAUUACUUACGCACAAGACAUUGGCCCGCAUUACGGAAGGACCCUACUGGCCUGGAAAAAUAAUUUUGAACAAAACUGGAAGCAAAUUCGAGAGGACUACGUAGCCACUCAUCCAGUUGCGUCAAAAGAAGAUGUGGAGGCUUUUCGACGGAUGUGGAUUUAUUAUUUUGUAUAUUGUGAGGCUGGGUUCCGCUCACGUAUCCUUGGAAAUUAUAUCAUCCGUGCAGCAAAGACCCCAGAACCUCGUGUGUCGUAUGAUAGUACUAAGUUUGAGGAUAUGUGGAAGUGAUUGUGACAUAAAUAAAUGCCUUUUUAAUUCAAAACCUUGACAAUGUAUAGCUGGUAGCUAUAUAAAGGAAUCCAGCCAUUGAUCCAAUAAAUGGUACAUUGCUGGAAAUGUAUCGGGACUGUAAUAUCGCAUUCCCCCAGCAUUAAUAGUUAUUAUGAAUCUUUCUACUAGUCUCAG